GUUCGCAGCGACCGCUUGGCACACGUCGCGUUUUUAGCCGCCAGCGCGUUUUAAACCGCCAACCGCCAAAGUGCGUUUUUUAACCCCUAAUUUUACCAAACGCACAGAAGAGACCAAAAAGCCAAGGCAAAAACAUAUAAAGAUGGCAGCGAGCAAAAUUAGCAGCAAAAUCUGCAGGAGCAGCAGACCAAAAUCAUCAACUUCAUCAUCACCAACUUCAACAUCGGAAAAACCAGCAGAUACAACGAGCCAAAUCAACAGAGGAUUAACACUAAAUCACUUAGUGAUCUGCGGUUGCCUGGCAAUAAUCUCCAUGGCAUCUGUAACCAUGGCCAAACCACCGGAUCAGGAAGCUAUCCAUCACAAAAAUGCUGAAUUCCCGGAAGAGGACAGCGACAUGCUGAUGGAGCCCAAUGAUUUCUCGCCAAUCACCGUACUCAGAUCGCAUGAGCAACACUUCCAUAUGCCGCCGACUACGCAACUUCAGCCCCAAAUCCAGGCCAGAAUUCAGCCAAGAGCACAGCCCAGGCAAUUUCAAGUGGCAGCCCAGCAAAAUCCCGACGAGGAGGAGCAAUUUCGACCCAUUGCCAAUCCGAAUACGAAAAUAGUGGGCGAUUCGCAUACGCAGGCUGCCCAGAACUUCUAUCCACCGUUCUACCACGAGGCACCACCUCUGGGCCACUCGAGACCCUACUUUGGUCAUGGUCCUCCUGUGUCGGAGACCACUCCCCUAAACCUGCCCCUGCCACUUCUCGCACCUCAGCAGCAACCCCAGCCGGCAAAUCAGCAGCGAAACUUCGAUGCCAGCAUACUGGGAAGUGGGGAUUUCGGUGUCCUGAGAGGCGGAACCUUCUAUCCGGAGGAGGAGAUGCCCUACCAUCCCGAGGACAACAGUGACUACAUCUAUGGCGAUGCCAACAAUGGCCACGGACGUCCCUCCGAGGGCUUCGUGCAGAAGUACACCUAUCCGGAGGAGCAGUUCGCCAAUUUCCGGGACUUUGCGGACAUCAAUACACCCGCCGAUUCGGCAUUCUCGCAGUUUGUGGUUGUCUAUGCGGCCAAGAAUGCCACUGCACCGCACUCACAUCCGCAUCCCAAGAACAUAUUCGAGCAGCUGGAGCUGCUGGACAGGGAAAAGGAGUUGGAGAAGGCCAAGUCCGAGCCGAAAACCUCAUCCAAAAACAAGUCGAAGUUGUCCAAGACAAAGCUGCAGAAGAAGUACCGCAAGAAGGCGGGUCCCAAAAUCCAGGAUCCCCUGGAAAUAGAGCCCUUAUUGGCCCUCAGUUAA